UGUAGUUAUUUAUAAAAGCAUUGAUCACUGGCUAUCUCUCAACAACAUCACAAAUUCACAAUCCCCCUGGAGAGAGAGAAGGGAUGGCAGUACCAUCUACAAAACCUGGAAAUGAUGAGGAUGAACCUUUGAUGAAAACCACUAGUAGUAAUCCUCUGAUCAGUACUGGUUCUGAUACAAUUGAAGGUAUUGUUGAUUAUAGAGGAGAGCGAGUACUGAGUUAUGGAUCAAAUAUUGGUGGUUGGAGAUCAGCUCUUCUCAUAAUUGGAGCUGAAUUUGGAGAGACUGUAGCUUACUAUGGAAUAUCUUCAAAUCUAAUCAGGUAUCUAACUGGUCCUUUAGGUCUGUCCACUGUUACAGCUGUAGCUAAUAUCAACGCUUGGUGUGGUAUGGUAUGGAUGCUUCCACUUGUUGGUGCCUUUGUUGCAGACUCUUAUCUUGGUCGAUAUCGUACCAUCUUCUACUCUUCUGUCAUCUAUGUACUGGGACUAGGAUUUCUAACUCUAUCAGUACUUCUAAAUUCUCUUAUGACCCCCACCGGAGACGACGCACCGAAUGAAACCUCUUCUGAUUCUCCUCCUCCUUCUUUAGUCCUGUUUUUCUUUUUAUCAUUGUACCUAGUAGCAAUUGGCAAGGCUGGAUUUAAGCCAUGCGCAGAAGCUUUUGGUGCCGAUCAAUUUGAUGAACGAAACCCCGAGGAGAGAUCAUCCAAAAGCUCAUUCUUCAAUUGGUGGUAUUUCGGAUUAUGUGUUGGUAGUAGCAUUUCUCAUCUGGUCUUGACCUACAUUCAAGAUAACAUAAGCUGGGUUCUUGGUUUCGCUAUUCCUUGCAUUUUUAUGCUCCUUGGGCUCUUUGUUUUUGUACGCGGAAAGAAAACAUACCGGUUUAGUGUAGAUGAGAACAAAGAAAAUCCAAUAUUAAGAAUAUUUAGAGUAUAUGUUGCAUCCGCAAGGAAUUGGAGAGCUACUUCCAUUACUACCGAAGUGGAGGGAAAAACAAUAUCGUAUAAUCAUCAAUUUCGUGUCGGUGCUCACCAAUUCAAGUUUUUGGACAAGGCAUUGAUCGAAUUACCAAACUUGGAUAAACUUGGUUCAAAUCAACAUGGCAUAUCAUGUACUAUUGAUCAGGUUGAAGAUGCAAAAGUAAUUCUACGCUUGGUUCCUAUAUGGAUUGUAUGUUUAGUGUAUGCAAUUGUGUCUGCUCAAUGCUCAACUUUCUUCACAAAGCAGGCAAGCACCAUGAACAGAACAAUAGGACAAGGCAUCCAAAUACCACCUGCAUCCCUUUUAAGCGUCAUUUCUUUAUCAAUCAUUAUUUUCAUUCCAAUUUAUGACAGAAUUUUUGUUCCUUUAAGUCGAGUUUUAACCCAAAAAGAAAGUGGCAUAACAAUGCUCCAGAGAAUUGGUUGCGGCAUAUUUCUAUCUACAAUGGCAAUGGUUUUAGCGGCUUUAGUUGAGAAGAAGAGACUUCAAACUGCUUUGGAUUUUGGAUUAAUAGACAAGCCGAAUGAAAUAAUUCCUAUCAGUUUCGGGUGGUUGGUUCCUCAAUAUAUAUUGUUUGGUAUUGCUGAGGUUUUCACCAUGGUUGGCUUGCAAGAAUUCUUUUACGAUCAAGUGCCAGACGACUUGAGAAGUAUGGGUCUUUCUUUGUACUUUAGUAUUUUUGGCAUAGGGGACUUUUUGAGCGGCUUUCUCAUCUAUGCCAUUAAUAAAUCAACUAGUAGGCGCAUUCAAGGUACUUGGUUCCCUGAUAACCUAAAUCGAGCUCAUCUCGAUUAUUUUUAUUGGUUCCUUGCUGGACUUAGCGCGUUAAAUUUAGUAGUCUACUUGCAUGUUUCAAAGUUUUAUCUCUAUAGAAAAAGGGAAAGAUACGGUUUACUCCAAAAUCCUAUUCAAAUAGACUGGUUAGUUAGGCACAAGUUAGUUCUCUAGUUAUUUGAAAUAUGAAAAAUACACUAAUAGCCUCUUAUUUAUUUA